CAUCAGUUCUGUUUUUUCCCAUGUUAUGAUCCUUAUCGUCUCUUAUUAAUUGCACUUGUAGAGAAGUUCUCUCGUCAUCUGAUAAUCCGCAUACCAAAGGCUGCUUUUAAGGAUAACUCUCAUGCAGGUGCAUUCAUUUCAGAAAUAUGCUCAAGAAUUCAAAACGAAAGGGGGAAAGAUAGAAGUUUCGAAAAAUUGUUUGUGAUGAAAGAUUCAAGCAGCACUGAAUCUGCAUGCCAACUUUUUGUGGAUACUGCUGUUUAUUCUCGGAAUCGUUGUUUCCGUCUCCUUCUAUCUUCAAAGGCAGGAAAAAGUGCAGUUCUUCUACCAACAGAGCGAUUUAAGUGCAAGCACUUGGGUGAAGAAGACAUGUUCAUGGCUUCCUUGAUCUGCAAUAUGGAUGUUAAUUGCGAAAAGCAUCUGAUCUGCAAAACAGACUUAGAUUGUGUGAAGACUCUGCAUUUUGAUACAGAGGUGAAUUGUAAUUUUGGAAAUUCCUGCCAAAUUCCUCCAGAAUUUACAUUGAAUACUUGCACAAGUGAUGUUUCAACAACGUACUUCAUGGGAAAUUCACCAUUUCCAUUUCUGGACAAAUUUAUUCUAUCUGCUGCCUCUGUCGGGAAUAUACCAGGAAAAAUUCACAGCUGGUAUUUUUUCUCGGAAUUCGGACUGAUGGUCUACAGCAUGACAAAAAAUAGAUACUGCGAGAGAAUAGGCAGACAGCAUAAAAGCAAUAAUGUGAUAUAUGUCGUUGAUCUAAGAAGGGCAGUUUAUUAUCAGAAAUGUCAUGAUCCUGACUGCAGAGGUUAUCGAUCUCCCUUGCGACAAAUUCCAGUUCAUGUGUUCUCCGACCCUUCAGUUGUAAUUGGUUCAUCUGGAAUGUUAGGUGAUGAACAGCCACUAGAUGAUGAGAGGAGACAUCAACUUGAUGAUAACAACAAACAAAAUCUUCUACAGAAUGAAGACACUGUUGAGGACAACUCCAAUGAUUCCUGGUGGCUAGAAGCUAUAAGAGUAGUCGAGGAUAUGGAGAAUAAGCAAACCAAGACAGAGCUAAGCACAAUGCAGGAAGAAAUAGAUGAUGCAGACGAUGAGUGGUGGCUGGCUGUAGAAAGGACUGCAUCACAGGCUGAACUAACCUGCUUCAAUUAAUUCAGGAUGUGAGCAGCAGAGUUCAGUUGAUCAGCAUUUUGUGCCUUGUAAGUAUUUGUGGAUCUGUCCAUUGUACAAUAAUUCUACGACUUUCUACAUGGGGGAUCAACAAAUAGCUCCAGGGACUUGAUAACUAAAACCAGAGAAACGCUUUGUAGCACUUAUCUGCUGCAACCAACUUAGGGAUCCUGUGAGUUGGUCCUCUUAAAAGGGUAGAAAAUGAUUUUGCAGAGGAUUCCUAGAUUCACACCAGGUUCUACACGCGAGCAAUUUAUGGGGCUGUCUUCGACAUGUUUGUGUAUUUUUUUUUUAAAUAAUUGAUGUCCUUGCAGUUUAUAUAUAAUGUUAUAAUAAAGGAAACGGUUUUUUUUUGGGGGGCAGAGUUAA